AUUGUAGAAAAAAAGUGAGCGAGAGAAAGCCCUAAAGACACCAAAUAGUUAUUGGCAGUCGUUUCGUCUUCUCCUUCUUCCUUUGAACAUCGGAGUUUUCACCGACGAAUCGAACUGUUUUUCUAUUUCUCUCUACGAUUCAGGUUUUUUCACUUGGAUUCAGAACAGCAAAUUGUACUUUUGUUCUUAUAGAUAAUUAGAAGACAAAGAUGGAUGAUUGGGAGACUGAAGAAUUUCAACCAACUCCUGCAAAAGUCGAACUUAAAAGCAAUUGGGAUGAUGAGGAUGUUGAGGAGGAUGUUGAUGAGAAUGACAUCAAAGACUCUUGGGAGGAGGAGGAGGAGGAUGAUGAUGAACCUACUCCUGCAGCUGUAGUAAAGCCUGCUCCAAAGAAAGCUGUUGAAAAGAAGGGUAAAUCUGUUGAAGCUCCUCCAAGAGAACCAUCAAAGGAUGAACCUUUUGAUCCUAUUGCUGACAAACUUCGCAUGCAGAGGCUAGUGGAGGAAGCUGAUUACGAGGCAACUGCUGAACUGUUUGGAGCAAAGACUGAUGAAAAAGCCGUUGAUGUUUUCAUUCCCAAGUCCGAAAGCGAUUUCUUGGAGUAUGCUGAGAUGAUAUCUCGUAAACUUGUACCUUAUGAGAAAAGCUUUCACUAUAUUGGGCUACUCAAAGCAGUGAUGAGACUUUCUGUGGCAAAUAUGAAAGCAGCUGAUGUUAAAGACGUUGCUUCCUCUGUUUCGGCAAUAGGUAACGAAAAACUCAAGGCAGAGAAAGAAGCUGCUGCCGGCAAAAAGAAGACAGGUAAGAAGAAACAACUGCAUGUGGAUAAGCCUGACGAUGAUCUUGUUUCGGGUCCUUAUGGCGCCAUGGACGACGAUGAUUUCAUGUAAAAGAAUAUGGCUUGGAGAUUGCACUUCUAAUCCAUAAGAAGAGCUUAUAUUACCUUAAAUCAUAGGUGUUUUCUUAAUUAUCUAUUGAAGCAAUACAAAUUAGUAAAAAACAGAGUUGUCUUUUUCUCAGUUUUUCAUUUGCUUUACUUUUCUUUUGGAAAUUAUGUAGUUAAGAAAUUUUUUCUUUUUUUUUUUCUUUUGCAAUCACAUUUUUUUGGUAA